UUUAUGUUUAAAAAAUUGUGUUAAAGGUGUUAUGUCAAAUGUUAUUGGGCAAAAGGACAUUGUGCGAAAAAAAUUAUGUGAACCGUCGUAGAACCGGGACUGCGGCUGUGGCGGAGGCGCUGCUCGCCGCGGUCAAGACUGUGUACUCAGAUCCAGAUCGCCAACAGGCCUUGGCCGGGACGCCUCUCCAUCUCGCUGCAGUGUCUGGCCGCGCCGAGGUGGUGGCCGUGCUGCUCAGAGACCCCCGCGACCUGGAUGCAAUGCACAGGGGGUUGACACCCCUGCACUUCGCUGCCCGUUACGGCCACGACCAGGUGGUGCGUAUGCUCCUUGCGGCCGGCGCGCGCUGCCAGGCCGACGCUGACGUUCUCACACCUCUGGACGCUGCUGCGCGCUCUGGCAGCGCCCCCACGGUGCGGCUGCUGCUCGGCGCCGCCCCGCCGCCCGCUGCCGAGGUCUGCUGGAGGGCCGCUUGGGAGACCGCUGGGCAUGCCCACGAGGAGGCCUGCUCCGCGCUGCUGGACGAGCUCGAGGCGCGCGGGCUGCUGCAGUGGGGCCCGGAGGCGAGGGAGGUCCUGUACGAGGCGGGCUGCGGAGGGAGCAGCGCCAUCGCGCUGAGGCUGCUGGGCCUCCCUACUGCCGCCCUGGGCGAGCGCCUGCACGACAACGGGGAAACAGUCCUACACGCCGCUGCCGCUAAUGGCCGCGCUGAGCUCGUGCGCGCGCUCCUCAGCCGCGGGGCGGACCCGCUGGGCGAGGAUGCUGAGGGCAGCACCGCACUGGACCUGGCAGCACUGGGUGGCUCCACGGACACCAUCACCGCGCUAGUGGAGCACAUCCCGGGCGGCUCCCUACAGGCGGCCCUCGGGGAGGCGCUGCGUGUGGCCGCACGGUACGGUCAGCUCGGGGCGGCGCAACGGCUCGUCCACCACGGUGCGGUCGUUAACGCGAAGGACGGGGAGAGGUGGACGCCCCUGGGCUGUGCCCCUGAAGGGGGCGCGACCGAGGUGGUGCGUUGGCUGCUGCAGCAGGGGGCCGACCCGAGCCUGGGCGAGCGCCUUCCUCUGCACCUGGCUGCAUUGUACGGGCGGCUGAGCGUGGUCAAGCUACUCGUGCCGCCGCUGCACGCGGGGGACCAGGCCCAGGACCCCCCCGGCGGCGAGGAGCCCUCAGCCCUGAGCGUGGCCGUGCAGGCAGGCUCGCGAGAGGACCUGCAGCGAAUCUUGGGGCAGUUUGUGGAGCACCUCAGGCCCCUUUCCAGCAGGUACACGAGGGAGGACAGGCUCCGGGACAAGGCCGAGGCGACGGCGGCGCUGAGGAGGAAGGAGAAGGGGGAGGGCGAGCGCCUGCGCCUGCUGCAGCAGGUCGACAGUGGUGGCCUCACGGCCCUGCACACUGCGGCAGCAGUGAGCGCGCUCCCCGUCGUGGAGUACCUGCUGGAGCGGGAAGGGGAGCUCCUGCAGCGGAUCUACUCCAAGCACAAGAACACCGGCGUGCCGCGGCUGGACGGCCUCACGGUGUACGCCCGACGAGCUGACGGGCACACCGCCCUGCAGUGCGGCGCUCUGAUGCUCUGCGCGCCGAGCGUGGCCGAGGCGCUGCUCAGGCGGAUGGGGGACGAGAUGUGGCUGGCCCUGGGCCACAGGGACCUGCAGGAGGUGCGCGGCAUGGCCGUGGAGGCCCUCUGGCUCGCCGGGCUCGCCGCUUAUCACCUCAGAGGCGGCGGCCGCCUGGUCCGCGCGCUCUGUGAGGGGCUGCUGGGCGAGAAGAACGAGAACAGACUGCAGGACAUCCGAAGCGGAGCCGUGGCGGCGCUGUGCUCCGGGCAGCACGUGUGGCACGCAGUGGUGGACCUGGUCAGGUGGCACCUGGAGGCGCUGCCGCUGAACCUGCCGGACCUGCGGCUGUGUGCCCUACGAGCCAUGCGCCGCUGCCUGCAGCUGGGCCCGCGCGGGGAGAAGGCGCUGCAGCUGCUGAGCCUGUGGGUGCGCGACCUGCGCGACCUGCGCGAGGGCGCCGUGCACAAGACGCACGAGAGAGUGGCGUGGAGGAUAGCCGCCGAGGCACUGAGAAUCGCUGUCGAGAGGCGGGACCAGGACUCGUUCCAAGUCAUCCGUCGCCUCCUGUGGAGGGCUAAACAUUUUACCUUAUGGAUAGUCAUCUCCCUCGCGCUCGCGGUCUCCCCAGCGGCGGUGUUCAUGAUGUGGGUGUUGAGUCUCUUGUCGUGAAACGCGACGCGCACGCGGCCGGACUCGGCGGUUGUGGUGGAGCGACUCAAAGCUUAUAGGGAGUGUGGCGCGAGAUUCAAAACAUUUGAUUCAACCAUCUAAUGUCGUUCAUGUCACAUUUAAAUUGCCUGAUCGAAAUGAGUGGGUUGUUGGGGCCAAAAGAGACCUGAUUAUCGGAUCGCGUUGGAGUUGAAGUAGACACCUGCACGCACGUUUGUAAAAAUAAAUAAAAACCAGGGAGAUGACAAGGGACUGCCACCGGGCUUGGUCCGGACGGAAAACGGACGGAAAGUCUUCCCCCACAGCCUAAUAUUAUAGCAAGACAGAUCUUUAUCAACGUCAAUCGGCUUAUCAAAACUGGAACUGGAACGUCAAUCGGCUAUCUUUAUCAAAACUGGAUAACGAGAACCGGCAAUAAUUAUCAAAACGGGAAAUUUUUACCUUCGGGUAGAGACAGACCACAAGGGACUGUCUAAAAAGAAUUAUUCUAUUCCAGUCUAUUAUAUUACUGUAUUUACACUCGUAGGGAAAGGGGGGGGGCG